GAGCCCGCCAGCUCAUGUGACACUGGCUCCCUCCAGUGCUGCGACACCGUCGAACCUGCCUCCAGCUCGGGCGCGACUCAGGUUCUCGGUCUCCUCGGCAUUGUCCUUUCCAACCUGGACGUUCUGGUUGGCCUCACCUGCAGCCCUAUCAGUGUCCUCAGCUCGGGCGGUAGCGGUUGCACCGCCGACCCUGUCUGCUGCGAGAAUAAUAACUUUAACGGACUUAUUUCUCUUGGAUGUGUGCCCGUCAACCUCUCUCUUUAA